CGCGGGGGCGGAGGCUGGCAGGGGGCGCUGGAGGCCGGAGCCGCCGGAGCGCUCCUCGCGCCCGAGGGUGCUGGAGGCUCUGAAGCGGCGGCGGCACCGCGAGCCUCCGGGGCCCGGGCGGCGGCGCGGGGCGGGGGGCGCUGCCGCCGCCUGGGGCGUCGCCGGCGCGGCCCCUUUGUUCUCGCGCGCGCCCCCUCGCCGCCCACUCCCCUGCUGUCGCGCGGCGGCCGCGGCUCCUCCCGCCCGGGGCGGUCGGGCUGGGCGCCGGGGGCGGGCGGGGGCGGGGGGAGCGCGCCAGCCGCCCGAGUGGGGGGCGAUGGCGAAGCUCCGGGUGGCUUACGAGUACACGGAAGCCGAGGACAAGAGCAUCCGGCUCGGCUUGUUCCUCAUCAUCUCCGGCGUCGUGUCGCUCUUCAUCUUCGGCUUCUGCUGGCUCAGUCCCGCGCUGCAGGAUCUGCAAGCCACGGCGGCCAACUGCACGGUGCUGUCGGUGCAGCAGAUCGGGGAGGUGUUCGAGUGCACCUUCACCUGUGGCGCCGACUGCCGGGGCACCUCGCAGUACCCCUGCGUCCAGGUCUACGUGAACAACUCCGAGUCCAACUCCAGGGCGCUGCUGCACAGCGACGAGCAGCAGCUCCUGACCAACCCCAAGUGCUCCUAUAUUCCUCCCUGUAAAAGAGAAAAUCAGAAGAACUUGGAAAGUGUCAUGAGUUGGCAACAGUACUGGAAAGAUGAGAUUGGUUCCCAGCCAUUUACUUGCUAUUUUAAUCAAUAUCAAAGACCAGAUGAUGUGCUCCUGCAUCGCACGCAUGAUGAGAUUGUCCUCCUGCAUUGCUUCCUCUGGCCCCUGGUGACAUUUGUGGUGGGUGUCCUCAUUGUGGUCCUGACCAUCUGUGCCAAGAGCCUGGCAGUCAAGGCAGAAGCCAUGAAGAAGCGCAAGUUUACUUGAAGGAGAGUAGACUUGCGGAAAGCAAAGCACAGAAGCUGGCCUCCCUGGCGCACAUCUACCUGCAGAGCCUGUUUCCUGGCGCAGGAGAUGGAAGGGGCUCUGAGAGCUCUCUGAGAGGCUUUCUCUCAAUGGCAGCAGAAACAGGCACAGCUGGAAGACUGGAAGCUCAUAGACUGUGUUCCUUGUAUCGUAGCAAUGGCAAAAGGGUCAAGCUCUUAGCUGAAUGGAGUAACUGUUUCAGAAAAUCCUAUAAGAAGUAAAUUUUCUUUGAAAAGUAACAGUAUAUACUUGUACAGUGUAGUAUACAAACCAUUAUGAUUUAUGCUACUUAAAAAUAUUAAAAUAGAGUGGUGUGUGUUCUUUUCUAUUUCCUUUUUUAUGCUUAGAACACCAGGGUUU